GAUGUCCCCGUCCGCUGUAUUCCCAGGACUGUACAGAGGAGAAUCACAGGAUCCCACAGGAGGAUCAGAUAGAACGUCUGUCUGAUAUUAAGGCAGAAGAUAUAGAGGAAGAAGAAGAGACGUAUGUGACUGAUAUAAAGGCAGAAGAUACAGAGGGAGAAGAAGAGACGUAUGUGACUGAUAUAAAGGCAGAAGAUAUAGAGGGAGAAGAAGAGACGUAUGUGACUGAUAUAAAGGCAGAAGAUAUAGAGGGAGAAGAAGAGAUGUAUGUUACUGAUAUAAAGGCAGAAGAUACAGAGGGAGAAGAAGAGACGUAUGUGACUGAUAUAAAGGCAGAAGAUAUAGAGGGAGAAGAAGAGACGUAUGUGACUGAUAUGAAGGCAGAAGAUAUAGAGGAAGAAGAAGAGACGUAUGUGACUGAUAUAAAGGCAGAAGAUAAAGAGGGAGAAGAAGAGACGUAUGUGACUGAUAUAAAGGCAGAAGAUAGAGAUGGAGAAGAAGAGACGUAUGUGACUGAUAUGAAGACAGAAGAUACAGAGGGAGAAGAAGAGACGUAUGUGACUGAUAUAAAGGCAGAAGAUAUAGAGGGAGAAGAAGAGACGUAUGUGACUGAUAUGAAGGCAGAAGAUAUAGAGGAAGAAGAAGAGACGUAUGUGACUGAUAUAAAGGCAGAAGAUAUAGAGGGAGAAGAAGAGACGUAUGUCACUGAUAUAAAGACAGAAGAUAUAGAGGGAGAAGAAGAGACGUAUGUGACUGAUAUAAAGGCAGAAGAUACAGAGGGAGAAGAAGAGACGUAUGUGACUGAUAUAAAGGCAGAAGAUAUAGAGGGAGAAGAAGAGACGUAUGUGAGGGGUGAUCAGCAGUGUAAGGAGGAGGACAUCCCUACAGAUAUCAGCACAGCAGAUGGACACACCAGCAGGAAUAUCUCAGAAGGAGAUCUAAUGUUAUUCCCGGAUUGUGACAUAAAAGAUAAUGACAGAAGACAGGAUUCUCCAGGAGCUAACCCCAUUACCCCAAUUAUACAUCCAGCCCUAUCAGCUGAUCCCUCUGAUCCUGGGAAAUGUUCUCCUGAUCACUCUGAUAUUGGUGCAUCUGUUACAGCUCUGGCAGUAGAUACAGUGUUUCCGUGUUCUAUAGAUGCCAAAUGUUUUACACAGAACACAAAACCUAUUAACACACACAGGUAAGGCAGGUGGAAGGCCACUGAUAUGUUCAGAGUGUGGGAAAUGUUUUACAUACAAAUCACAACUUGUUAUACAUCAGAGAAGUCACACAGGUGAGAAGCCAUUUUCUUGCUCUGAUUGUGGGAAAUCUUAUUUAACUAAAUCACAUCUUGUUAUACAUAACAGAAGUCACACAGGUGAGAAACCAUUUUCUUGCUCUGAGUGCGGAAAAUGUUUUGCACACAAAUUACAACUUGUUACCCAUCAGCAAAGUCACACAGGUAAGAAGGCAUUUCCAUGUUCUGAGUGUGGGAAAUGUUUUGCACACAAAUCAGUUCUUGUUAGUGAAAGGAUUUGCCCUUAUAUUCUUAACCCUCGAUGUGAUGGCCUCUUAGACGUCUGGAGUGUAAACUUUUAGCCACAAGGUACAUGCACAACACAAGCAGUAAAAAUUCACACUGUUUUAUUAUGAGGUUAACAAAAGUAUAUAAGGCAAUGCAUAUGGGUGUAACUGACAUGUCGUUACACUCCCAUUGGCUCGUUAAUAGUUACCAGGCAGAACAGAAAAGGCGGAUGUCCAUAU